GGACGAUGAAAAGAAUACAGACCAAUCAUGGCGGGAAGUUUACCCGAUAACGGCGUCCCAGGUCACCAUUACUCAAAACAGCACGAUGAAGAUCUCCACAAUGGUCUUAAACCUGGGGAGGAAGUGAACGACAGUCCAAUUGAGCAAGUCCGGCUAACGGUUCCGAUCACCGACGACCCAACCUUGCCGGCGCUGACUUUCCGGACAUGGGUCCUGGGAAUCAGCUCGUGCGUGUUCUUGGCUUUCCUCAACCAGUUCUUCGGCUACCGCUCCAAUGCUCUGUCCAUCACCUCUGUUUCGGCUCAGAUUCUGGUUCUGCCGCUGGGGAAGCUGAUGGCCGCCUCGCUGCCAGAAACCAGGAUCAAGCUGCCUUUUUUCCGAUGGUCAUUUUCGAUGAAUCCGGGGCCAUUCAAUUUGAAAGAGCACGUGCUGAUCACCAUUUUCGCCAACUGUGGUGCCGGCGGGAUUCUGGCGCUUGGUAUUGUUACUGCCGUCAAGGCGUUUUACCACAGAAAGAUUCAUAUCAUGGCCGCUUUGCUCCUCGUCCAGACCACUCAGGUUUCUCCACUUUUCCCUUCUUCUGCUGUUUUCAAGUUACUUGGGUAUGGAUGGGCUGGAAUGUUCAGAAAAAUCCUGGUGGAUUCACCUCACAUGUGGUGGCCUUCAAACCUAGUCCAAGUCUCUCUUUUCAGGGCGUUACAUGACAAGGAGAAGAGAUCAUCAGGAGGGCAAACCAGGCUGCAGUUCUUCACCCUCGUGUUCGUGUCGAGCUUCGCUUACUACAUCGUUCCGAGCUACUUAUUCCCUUCGAUCUCGACUCUUUCGUUCAUGUGCUGGAUAUGGAAGAACUCCAUCACUCCUCAGCAGAUCGGAUCAGGGCUGAACGGGCUCGGGAUUGGCUCGUUCGGUCUCGAUUGGUCGACUGUAGCCGGGUUCUUGGGCAGUCCUCUGGCCACUCCUCUGUUUGCCAUUCUUAAUACAAUGGCGGGGUUCUUCCUGUUCGUUUAUGUCAUCCUUCCAAUUGCAUACUGGAACAACGCAUUCAGUUCAAGGAGGUUCCCCAUGAUUUCGCAGCAGACGUUUGACAGUUCUGGACAAUUGUACAACAUUACCAGGAUUAUCAACGAGAGGGAGUUCGACAUCAACCUGGGCGAGUACGAAAGUUACAGCAAGCUGUAUCUCAGUGUCACUUUUGCCUUUGUGUAUGGGUUCAGUUUUGCAUCUCUGGUCUCGUCGAUUACACAUGUUGCGCUCUUUGAUGGGAAAUCAAUUUGGGAGCUGUGGAAGAAGACUUCAGCAGGAAGCAAAGACCAAGACACAGAUGUUCACACAAGACUGAUGAAGAAGAACUACGAAUCUGUUCCGCAAUGGUGGUUUCUAGCAAUUGCAGCGGUGUCAUUUGCACUUUCUCUGUUUACCAUUGAAGGGUUUGGUGGACAGCUGCAGCUUCCAUGGUGGGCGCUCCUUUUGGCUUGUGGCAUCUCCCUCAUCUUCACCUUGCCUAUUGGGAUAAUUCAGGCAACAACAAAUCAGCAAAUGGGCAUAAAUGUGAUCACAGAGUUGAUCAUAGGGUAUAUGUACCCUGGCAAGCCUCUGGCUAAUGUAGCAUUCAAGGCAUAUGGCUACAUUAGCAUGUCACAAGCUCUGAGUUUCUUAGCAGACUUCAAAUUAGGGCACUACAUGAAAAUCCCUCCAAAAUCCAUGUUCUUGGUCCAGACAGUAGGCACGAUUGUCGCUUCAACAGUCCGGUUCGCGACAACCUGGUGGCUUCUUUCGAGCGUCCAGAACAUCUGCGACACGACGAAGCUGCCAAAGGGCAGUCCAUGGACAUGUCCAGGGGACAGCAUCUUCUACAACGCUUCGAUCAUCUGGGGAGUGAUCGGUCCUCUCAGGAUCUUCAACGUCAAGGGGAACUACGCCAAGAUGAACUGGUUCUUCAUGAUCGGCAUCCUGGCUCCGAUCCCAGUGUGGCUCCUGUCGCGCAAAUACCCGGAAAAGAAGUGGCUCCGACUGAUCCACAUGCCCAUCUUCAUAUCGGGCAUGGGCGGUCUGCUGCCCGCGAAGCCAGUUCACUACCUGUCGUGGGGAGCAGUCGGGAUUUUCUUCAACUACUACGUUUACAAGAGGUUCAAAGGGUGGUGGGCUAGACAUACGUACAUUCUCUCUGCUGCGAUGGAUGCUGGUGUUGCUUUCAUGGCCGUGAUGGUGUACUUCACUCUGCAGAGCAAGAACAUCUAUGGCCCGCAGUGGUGGGGUUUGGAAGCCGAUGAUCACUGUCCUCUGGCGAAAUGCCCUACAGUUCCUGGGAUUGUUGUGCCUGGAUGCCCUGCAGUUUACUGAUAUCACUGGAUUGGAAAAUGAAAGUUCAUUGGCUGCAGUGUUAUAUGUGUAAUGCGAUUCUUUAUUGGAAAUGGGAAUUCGGAUUCUGUAUACCAAAUGUUUACAGAGAGUUUCAUUUCACACGGCAAAAAAACAUCGAUCUAAUUAUUCACAUAUCAUGAUGCGUCAUUCAAUCAAACCCCAAGUCUCACUUUCCUAUUUCCCCCUGCAUUUGCCUGCGACGUCUUCCAGUGGUAACAAGAUUCGCCAUCGUACAAGGACAGACACGGCCCGCUCUGUUUCACGAGCCAGCGGCAGUAGCUGCACCUCAAGAAAUCCCUGGGCGCAUCGUAGAUGUCGAACCAGUGAACGCCUCCUCCUUCUCCCCAUUCCAUGGAGCAAUUGAACAGUUCGGUCUCGAAGACGCUGUUUCGGAAAGCAAACUUCAACUGUUGGUGUGGCAUCACCACUCGGAGGCCGAGAUCGUAGUCAUGGGACUGGCAGUGAACCUUCAACGGCCGAUCUCCGUCGAGCUUGUUAACCACCAUCACGGUCGUGUGCGGCGGCCUGAUUAGAUCUGACCUCGUAUGGCACAUGGUGGUUGGUGCCGAUAAGAGAAAGAGCAACAACACCGCUAAGAUGGUUUUUUCGUGCUUCAUUAUUGGUGUUUUUCUUCUUGGGUGGUUUGAGCUUCAAUUUUGAUUCGGGGGUUUUGAGGUUUACAAUGUAAUGUUGAUGAUGCC